CACGCCCCUUCUGCAUUUCGGAGAAGAUGGCGUCGCAAGUACAGAGAGGAGUGCCUCUAAGUGCGCUCUGUCCCAAGUUCCUCCACACAAACUCCACCAGCCACACCUGGCCCUUCAGCGCGAUCGCUGAAUUAAUAGAUAAUGCCUAUGAUCCAGAUGUCAAUGCCAAGCAGUUCUGGAUUGAUAAGACCCAGUUCAAAGGCCAAGACUGCCUCAUCUUCAUGGACAAUGGAAAUGGGCUGGACUAUGAAAAGAUGCACAAGAUGCUCAGCUUCGGUUACAGUGACAAGACAGUCAUAAACGGCCAGCACCCGAUUGGUCUCUACGGUAACGGUUUCAAGUCGGGGUCCAUGCGUCUGGGACGAGACGCCAUCGUGUUCUCCAAGUCUCUAGAUGGAGACACCAUGCAUGUAGGCAUGCUCUCACAGAGCUACCUGGCACAGAUUAAAGCAGAGCAGAUCAUCGUACCCAUUGUCUCCUUCCAACGCGUUGCACACAACCAGUUCCGUGUGAAUGAGAAGCACAAGGCCAGUCUGCAGGACAUCCUGUAUUACUCUCUCUUUAAGACUGAGAACGAGCUGCUCACAGAGCUCAAAGCCAUCAACUCCACCUGCUCCAUGGGCUCUUCAGGAACACGCAUCAUCAUCUGGAGCCUGCGCAGGACAUUAACAGGACAGACAGAAUUUGAUUUCACAACAUCCAGUUACGACAUCAGAAUCCCGUUGGAUGUGUUGGAGAGCACCAGUGAGCAAUACAGGCGGUCGGAGCUGCUCACAAAACCAGAGAGUUACUACUCGCUACGUGCAUACUGCAGUAUUCUGUACCUGAAGCCGCGUAUGCAGAUCGUCAUUCGAGGGCAGAAAGUGAAGACUGAGCUCAUCUCCAAGAGCCUGGCAUACAUCGCUAAGGACUAUUACAAGCCCAACUUUGUGAACAGACGUAUUCCCAUCACGUUUGGGUACAACACCAAGAGCAAAGACCAAUACGGCAUCAUGAUGUACCACAAGAACCGCCUUAUAAAACCUUAUGAGCGAGUGGGCGUUCAACUCAAGGCCAACAUCCAAGGUCUCGGGGUCAUUGGGGUUAUCGAGUGUAACUUUCUGGAGCCCACCCACAACAAGCAAGAUUUUGACAAUACCGACAAAUACAGGAAAACCAUCAACAACUUAGGGGUUAAGCUGGAGGACUACUGGAAAGAGAUCCGCUUUAAAAGAGACAAAGAAGAUCCUAACAGCACCGUACCAGUGGAAGACACCAUGAAGCGCCCGGACCAGAACUGGGUGCAAUGUGACACCUGCCUGCGCUGGAGGAAGCUGCCAGAUGGGAUUGAUUGCAGACUGCUCCCAGAGAAGUGGUUCUGCCACAUGAAUCCCGACCCCCAAUUCAGGAGCUGCAUGGUAGAGGAAGAGCCUGAAGACUCCGAUGAUGACCAACCUUCAUACCAGAAAACCUACAAGCAACAUGAAAGGAACACCAAAAUGCAGCAGGAGUGGAAACGACAACAGUAUGAAGAUGAGCAGAAGAAGGCAGAGCGGAUGCGGAUUGCAGCGCUGGCUCGGCAGAACGAAGCUCUGAGGCGCCAACAGGAGGACCUGAAACUGCAGCUUAUAAAGACAUCGAGCUUCAGGACAGCUGUACAGAUGUCUCCAGCUUCUGCUCCCCCCACAGUCAGAGUUAAUGUGAAGGCACCACUGAGCACUAGGGCUACCACAGCAUCACCACUCAGUGCUAGGCCCAGAUCAUCUCCUCUCAGGAUCUCUCCCCUCACUCAAUCAGGGACCAGCCCUUCCUCCAACCACAUGCCCAUCAUCUCUAGCGUGUGCUCUCUUUCAACCCCUCCAGCCCCUUCAACACCUUCAAGAAUGAAGAGAACAUUGGCCAUGACCUCUGAAAGGGACACCAAAAGACCCAGGGUGAACGGUUUCCACCAAAACACCUCUAUGGGAUCCACAUCAACGGCAGCAGAGACGAAUGUGUCAUCCCCAUCAGUCAUCAUCCCGAUUGACGAUGACGAUGAUGAGAUCACGGAUGACGAUGACAUUGUUAUCUUGGAGACCAACAGCACCCCUAUUCCAAAGAAGGCAACCUUUGACAUGGCCAAGGUAAAGUCAGAGAGUAGGGCUGUGGAAACACCUUCUGGCACUGGCAACGUUAGGACCAAUGGCAUAGGAACAAGCUCCGUGGAGACGGGAACCGCAGCGACCAACCUCUCCCCUCUACCACCUUCCUCAGAGCAGAUGAGCAUAACCACCCAGACAGACAUACGGGGUGAAGUGAAGGAUGAAGAGGAGGAGGAGCGAAAGAAAAGGGAGGAAGUGGAAAAGGAGAAGGAGAGAUUAGAGAACUGGACAAAAGUGAAGAACAAAGAAGAGGACAACAAGAAGAAGGAGGAAAGAGAUAGGAAGAGAACAGAACCAGGCCCAUCCUCUGCAGGCCCAUCCUCUGCAGGCCCCUCUACACCAGGCCCCUCUACACCAGGCCCCGCUACACCAGGCCCCUCCACACCAGGCCCGUCCUCUGCAGGCCCGUCCUCUGCAGCCCCAUCCACACCAGGCCCAUCCACACCAGGCCCAUCCACACCAGGCCCAUCCUCUGCUGGCCCAUCCUCUGCAGGCCCAUUCUCUGCUGGCCCAUCUGUCCCAGACCCAUCAGACCUUCCCCGGAUUGACUUCCGUAACCUGUCAGAAGCACAGGAGCAGCAAGAUCAGCUGCUGGAGCUCAUGCAGGCUGCAGCCCACGAGAGGGACCAGUUCAAGGAACAGGUCCACAAGCUGACCUGCCAGCUCCAUGACCUGGAGGGCAGCAUGCAGGAGCAUUCCAGGGCCGCUGUGAAGAGAGAGCAAUGCCACCUGGCCUGUCAGACUGGAGCAGGGGAUGGAGAACGAGAGCAGGCAGAGGGGAGUAAGGUCAGUGACCAGGUGGCUGUACAGGUAGACACUCUGCUCCAGGACCUCAGCAAUGCCAACUGUGAACGUGACAUGCUACGCUCCCAGGUGGCGGCUAUGAAAGAGGAGAAGGGCAACCUCUUGUCCCAGUGUGAGACGCUGCAGCUGGACGUGGUGGAGCUGAGGAGGGAGAAACAAGAGUGGGAGAGAGAGAAAGAGGAGAGAGAGAAACAGGAGAGAGAAGCAGCUCAGGCUGCAGCUGCCCAGACAGAGAGGGGAGACGUAGCGGCCACUAGUGCUGCUAAUGGCUCCACCUCGGAGGCACCCCAGACGCUGAGGGAGCUUCGGAGGAGCAUUGGUCGUCUCCUGGUCACAUUUGUCCCAGCAUUGGACCUUGAACAAGUCAACUACGACUGUCCAGUCAUCGACGAGAUCCUCCAUCAGGUUCUUACUGAUGUGGAGACGUUGGGGCCUGCGUAAGGGCCUGGGGCGGGAUAUGGAUGGAGGGGUUGUCCUCCAUCUAACUCUGUGAGGAGAGGCAGACCUGGAGAUGGUCACAGAGACUUCCUGCCUCUCCUUUUACCUCGGCGUUUUUACACUUUUUAAAUGUAUUUUCUAUGGAUUUUUUACAAGUGAAAGAGGGAAUGAACUGAAAAGUAUUUAUUUGUAUUGCUGUACAAACACUUUUAUAUUGUUCCAUGACCAUGGUGGUACUUAAUGAUGCAACAAACAGUAAGCUAUUUUGCACUGAAACUUUGGGGUUACUGAGUUCAACCUCUCCUUCUCACAAACACUUACUACUCCAAUGUGGAUGGAGGCUCUAGAAUCAUGUCAGUGUUCCGGGAAGAUGUUUUUCUCUUCGAUUACAGGUGACCACAGUGAACAUUCCUGGAAUGAUGUCAGGAACAGAGGAGUUUUCACUUGAUGAGUUAAGGGACAUAGUCUCCACCAUGAUCUGCUCUGUGGCUUGGUAGAAGGACUCCCGUCUCUCCCAAAACAGACAUAACCAUCAGUUCUACAUCGUUCCUAGAUCAAGACAGAUUAAGUUCAGUAUUCAAUGUUGCAUUCACUCUUAUGUGCUCAUGUUCAUUUAUAUGCUAAGAAAUAAUGAAGACUUUUUCACCCAAA